AUGCUGAUCUGUGCGCGCCUGCGGGUGGACUGGUCCCGACUGGGACGCGGCAUCACCGGUGCCGCUGCGCUGGAUGCAUCCCAAGUGCUGGGCACCUGCGGUCUAGACCCCUACUCGGAUGCAUAUGCUGCAAGUGCGGGGCGCAUGGACGGCUUGCUGUCCCGGUUGCGGGCGGACGUGGCACACGCUGUGGAGGGUGGGGGGCCCAAGGCGGUUCAGAGGCACCACUCCAGGGGGAAACUGCUGCCCAGAGAACGAAUACAGGCGCUGAUUGAUCCAGGGUCUCCCUUCCUGGAAUUCUCCCAGCUGGCGGGCAAGGGCCUGUAUGGAAAGGACGACGUCCCCGCUGGCGGCAUUGUGACUGGCAUCGGCAGAGUGCAUGGUCGAUUGGUGGCGAUUGUAGCCAAUGACGCAACAGUCAAGGGAGGCACAUACUUUCCCAUCACCGUGAAGAAACAUGUGCGACUGCAGGAGAUUGCGGAACAGUGUCGGCUGCCAUGCAUCUACCUGGUGGAUUCGGGCGGCGCCAACCUCCCGCGGCAAGCCGACGUCUUCCCGGACCGGGAUCACUUUGGGCGGAUCUUCUAUAACCAGGCCCGCAUGUCGGCUGCCGGCAUUUCCCAGAUCGCGGUGGUGCUGGGGUCCUGCACCGCCGGCGGCGCCUACGUCCCCGCCAUGGCGGAUGAGUCCAUCAUCGUGCGAGGCAACGGGACGAUCUUCCUGGGCGGCCCCCCCCUGGUCAAGGCGGCCACGGGUGAGGAUGUGAGCGCAGAGGAGCUGGGGGGCGCGGAGCUGCACUGCACGACCUCUGGCCUGACGGACCACAUGGCCGAGAACGAGCAGCAUGCCCUCAGCCUGGCACGCAACAUAGUGAGGAACCUUGGCCCGGGGACCAGGGCCGCCGUGCCCCUCCCCUGGGCCGAGGGUGCGUGGGAAGAGCCCCGCUUCCCCGCCGCCGAGCUCCGAGGUGUGGUGCCCACCGACGCUCGCCAGCCGUGGGAUGUGAGGGCGGUGUUGGCUCGCGUGCUUGACGGCAGCCGUUUCCACGAGUUCAAGGCGCAGUAUGGGACCACCCUGGUCACUGGGUUUGGCUCCCUGUAUGGCCAGCCCGUCGGCAUCGUCGCCAACAACGGCAUCCUCUUCUCGGAGUCGGCGCUCAAGGGGGCGCACUUUGUGCAGCUGUGCAGUCAGCGCGGCAUUCCCUUGAUCUUCCUCCAGAACAUCAACGGCUUCAUGGUGGGCAAAAAAUAUGAGGCUGGGGGUAUUGCAAAGGACGGCGCCAAGAUGGUCAUGGCGGUGGCCAACGCCGCCGUGCCCAAGAUCACGCUGCUCAUGGGCGGCAGCUUCGGGGCGGGGAACUACGGCAUGUGCGGACGGGCCUACUCCCCAGACUUCCUCUACAUGUGGCCCAACGCUCGCAUCUCCGUGAUGGGGGGUGAGCAGGCAGCCGCCGUGCUGCACCUCCUGGAAAGCGAGAAGCGGGAGCGGGAGGGGCGGCCCUGGCCCACCGAGGAGCAGGAGGCCUUCAAGAAGGCGAUCAAGGACAGGUAUGACGCGGAGGGAGAGCCGUCGUUCUCCUCGGCCAGGCUCUGGGACGAUGGCGUCAUCGACCCUGCGGACACUCGCAUGGUGUUGGGUCUGAGCUUGGCAGCGGCCCAGAAUCGGGGACCCCGGUCAUCGCAGUUCGGAGUCUUCCGUAUGUAG